ACCCGAGCACAUGGAAAUUUACCCGGAUUCGGGAACACAAUCGAUCCGCCGAAAAGCUGACGUUGAUAUUUUUAACUUGAGAACGUAGUAGUAAUAAUAAGGUGAAGGACGAUUUCGGACGGGGGAUGAUCAGCACAUAUUCAAGAUAGAAGCAGAACAAAACUACAUGGUAGAAAUGGUAGAAAUUGAGAAUCCAAGUAAUUGUCAAUGUGAUACCCAAAACCAAACAUUACAUGCACACAUUUUCUAAGAACUGAGUACGAUAAAAUUCUCCGACGUCGUAAUAAGUAUAAAAACCAACUUGGACUCUAGCUACAAAUACAUACAUAGCUCAGGCAGCGGAUUGAAUGGCAGUAUUAUUAUUUUAAGUUAGUAGUGUUUCGUUAAGUCAAAUUUACUUUAACAUGUGUGUCUAUAGCAUAGACAUAAACCAGUGAACACAUUCGUAAUAUGACGUCGCCACCACCACAAUCAUCAAGACGAGCAGCAUAACCCCCGGUUUAUCGCAGUAUCGUAUUUAAUAGUCUCCUUAUUAACGUUAAUGCUCGUUGUAUUGCAAUCUGCAGUUAAAUACCUGCGUUUGCUACAUACUGACUUUGUGGUUGAAGAGCGAGAAGGAUCAAGAAACCUGAGAAAACAAGUUGUUGGUUGAAAAGAGACAAGUGCAAUAAUCUAAAGUUGGUCCGUUCGUGUGGUUGAGCUGGUUGCUUCUCAUCUUCGUCGUCUUCGGAUUAAAAACUUUGAACAACGGGAUUUUUUAAGGAAGAUCAAACUUGAAGAAUCACGGCACCCACUUCGCACACCUCUCCUCCCCGUACCUACUAUUACAAUGGGUAUGAAUUCGCAAUGAACAAUUCGCUACCUGGGCGCAGUGUGGUCUCAUCAGUCAAAUUCAUGCCCAGCAAGGAAUAAGGACUCAACUUUCUGGUCGCUACUUUGCAUAUAAUCUCCUCGCCUGUUUAUUAUCGACCCGAGAUAGAUCGAGCAAUUCAGUGUUGAAAAAUAUCGUUUGGAACAUGUUUGGAACAUAGUCUGUUAUCUUAGAAAUAUUGUGUUUGUGAUUAGCUGGAGCAGAAAUUGUGCCACAAAAGGAGCCGUUGCGAUGGAGGAUAUGGCAGUGGCAGUAAUUGCCAAAUCCAUGUUAUCAGGAGGCGUUGCGGGAAUGUGUGCAAAAACAGCGGUGGCCCCCUUGGAUCGGAUGAAGAUUUUGCUGCAAGCCCAUUCCAGGCAUUACUCACACUUGGGAGUGUUCAGCGGAUUAAAAGGCAUUGUGGAGAAGGAGCGGUUCAUUGCGCUCUACAAAGGCAAUGGGGCCCAAAUGGUCAGGAUAUUCCCCUACGCCGCCUUGCAGUUCACAUCCUUUGAAAUGUACAAAAAAAUGUUUGGAGAAUCGCACAUUGGGCGAUUUUCUGCAGGGUCGGCUGCGGGCGUGACGGCUGUAGCUUUCACCUACCCGCUGGAUACGAUCCGAGCACGAUUAGCAUUCCAGGUGCAUGGGGAGCACUUGUACAACGGGAUUUACCAGUGUGCGAGCCAUAUAUUUCGAGAGGAGGGUGGGAUCAGAGCCUUGUACCGAGGCUUCACUCCCACGAUAUUUGGCAUGAUUCCCUACGCUGGACUCUCCUUCUACUGCUUCGAGUCCUUCAAAUACCUCUGCAUGAAAUACUUGCCUGAUUGGACCUGUAAAAGCUGUUCGGCGAAUACUGGGGGCUUGGUGUUAAUGGUUCCUUACAAAUUGUUGUGCGGGGGAGUGGCCGGAGCGGUCGCCCAGACGUUUUCCUAUCCUCUCGACGUCACAAGAAGACGAAUGCAACUCGCCAUGACGAGUGAGCACACCAAGAAGUUUGGCAUGGGGAUGAUUCCAACGCUGAAGAUCAUAUAUGAGGAGAACGGGGUCAUGCGUGGAUUGUACCGGGGAAUGAGCAUUAACUAUUUACGUGCAAUUCCAAUGGUCGCUGUCAGUUUUUCCACGUAUGAGUUGGUGAAACAAAUGUUGCAGCUGGACACUGGAAUACCGAUAAAGACUGGUUGAACCAGAGGCAAAAUAUUCCAAGGUAUUGCACGGAUGACAUCAUGAAAAAGUGGCACGUGAUAGCCUACGUUUGUUAUCUUUUGUCGGUGAUUAACUUCACUCCCAGAUCGUAUGGGAGUCAAGAUCAAUAAAACUUAAGCUGAUAAUUUUGUAAUUUACCGGAAACAGUUAAUAUUUAUCUGAAAAUGUUGCGCAUUAUCGUUGACCAAUAAAAGUUGUUAAUUUUUGUAUCAA